AUGGUUGUUUUCAAUUGUGUGGACGAUGAGGAUUAUUUGAGCAAAUCGGAAUUCGGACUCGGAAAACGUGUCAUUUUAUUUUUCUACUGGGAUUUGUGUGAGGUUUCGCUGAAAAUCAAGCCGAAAUUCGACGAAUUGUGUCGGAAAUACGAGAAAACUGCCAUUAUUUACACUUUUCAACAUUAUGGCGAUGAUCUUUGUAAUUUUUUAAUAGCGCUGAUCAAAAUGAUGUAAAAAUUAGCAUAGUUGGUGUAGUCGGUAAGUGUCUACAUUCUCGAUUUGAAGGCCAGGGGUUCGAGUCCACCUUGGGGCUGUCCGUUUUUAUUUCAAAUAGCCCCCGAGCGAACUCGAACCCGUGACCUCCCACACAGUAACGUAGGCACUUACCGACUACACCAUUUGCUCUAUUUUCUCGGCUCCUGCAGCUAAUUUUUAUACCAUUUUGCUCGAGCUUUGCCGCCAAAAUUUAAAAAUCCAAUUUUUUUUGCAGUGACCAGCGAGGCUUUCGAAAUCACCAAAACUCCCACGAUUCUGGUGAUGGAUGAUGGGUAGGUCAAAUUUUCGCGCGCAAAAAUUGUGUUCAAAUUUUCAGAUGUGAAAUUCAGCGAAUUGUUGGCGAGGAGUUGGAAAAUCAAGCUGUAAUUGAGGGAUUUUUUGAAAAAUAUGCAAUUUGA